GGGGAUUUUAACUAACCAUUUUCGUAACCAUAAUGUAAUUACCAUAAUCUCAUACAUUAAUUCCCCAAACCUGCUGCGUAACACGAUCUCCUAACUUGUUACCAAAAGUCAAAUCUGACAAAAGAUGUAUCCCAUCUAGUCAAAACUAACAAAAAGCGGAAACAAAAGAAAUCGCAAAUUUCUAGAAACAAAUUUUUGUGAGCUGGGCAGAGAUACAGGCACACAGCUGACAGCUUUCAGUGUUAACACCAUACACCUAACGCAGGAGGGCUGACAUGGCUUUGAAAAGAAUACAGAAGGAACUACAUGACUUGCAAAGGGACCCUCCUGCUCAAUGCUCUGCCGGACCAGUUGGAGAGGACUUGUUUCAUUGGCAAGCCACAAUCAUGGGACCUACUGACAGCCCAUAUCAGGGAGGAGUGUUCUUCCUCACCAUCCACUUCCCAACAGACUAUCCCUUCAAACCACCAAAGGUAGCCUUCACAACAAAAAUCUAUCACCCAAACAUAAACAGUAAUGGUAGCAUCUGUCUGGACAUUCUGAGGUCACAGUGGUCCCCAGCACUUACAGUUUCAAAAGUUUUAUUGUCCAUAUGCUCUUUGCUAUGUGACCCAAACCCAGAUGACCCUCUAGUCCCAGACAUAGCACACAUCUACAAGCAGGACAAAGAAAAGUACAACAGAUUAGCAAGAGAUUGGACUCAAAAGUAUGCAAUGUAAAGGACUGAAGUUUGAGACAACGGAAGAGCAAAUUAACUUCAUGGACACUUCUGAAAACAGUACUGUUGCCACACCUCAUCCACACUGGUUCAAGAAGAAGUGUUGUAUAUGGGAAGCACCAAAUUAACUGUUUUUAUGCUUUGAAGUCAUUAUUUUCCUUUUGUUUGACGUUCCAAAUGUUGUAACUUAUUAUUCAGUUAUUUCUGAGAUGACCCAUAAAAUAACAGACCAAUUAUGACUCCAUCCCCUCUAUCUUAUAGGUUUUUUCUCCUUUUAGAGAUUUUUAUUGUAUAGUAUAAAGCUAUACUGAAUCUAUUUUUAUUAUUUUGCAUUAAAAAGUUAAACAAAAA